AUGAUAGGAGGAUCUACGACAGCGAUUUCACCGCCCCCCCCCCCCCGUCCCCACGCCCUCCUGGGCAGGACGGCGGCAAACGCCCGCCCGGCCGCACCCCCUGUCCCCUCCCCCUCGCGGCCGUCCAGCCUCCGGCCAGGUCCCCGGGAAACCCCGGGACAGCUGCGGGCGCCCGAGCAGGGUCCGGGGAGGCGGGGGGAGGCCGCGAAGAGGGGGCGACGACGCCACCAUUUGUUAGCAGCCGGCGGACGCCCCGGGACCCGGAGACGGCGAGAUCCCGCGCGCCCGCCGGCGGCCCGGGGCCUCCAGGUCGCCCCCUUGCAGCGGAGAGCGGCGACACCGGCCCCCGGCGCGUCCUCCGGGAGGGGGGAGGGGGAAAGGCCCCCCUCCCCGCUGCAAAGGCGCGGGGGCCGCCCGCGAGAGGAGGGGGGCAGGAGCGCGGGAGGGCCCCGCACCCCAAAUUCGGCCUCCCGGGCCACACAGCCGGUCGCGGAGCGGAGCUUAACGCAGCUCCCGGAGGGAAACACCCGCCCGAGGGGUCGUGGGAAGCCCUUCCCCGCCCCUCUCCACACCGCCGCCGCGAGACCCACCUUCCGCUUCUUUCAGCAGCUGAGAAACUGGGGGGCGUUUAUGGCGCCCCGGGAGGAAGACUCGCAGGCUGAGAGAAUGUCACCUCUGAGGCACCCUUUUCUCUCCCCCUCUCCCCUCACACACACACACACGCACAACUUGAACUCCUCGCCAGCGGUCGCCGCCCAGCCGCCGGCCCCCUUGCGCCCACCUGGCUGCCGGCUUCUGACACCCCAAGCCCCCACUUUCUCCCAAUACACCUCCCCUCCCCCUCCAUUUGGGAGCGGGGGGAGGCCCCCCCCCCGCUUCAAUGCGGAAAUGUCCCCGCGGCUCCUACAGGCAGCAGCAACCGCCAAUCAGGAGCCGAGGCGGACGCAAGGCCUGGCCAAUGAGACGCGCGGAGGUGGCAGGGGGCGGGGCGUCUGCGGCCCGCGGGAGCCCCGCGGAGGUGGGCGCGCUGAGCCGGACCCCGGGAGGCGCCUGAGGGAGCCGCACGUGCGGCGGCGGGGCAGGGGGUGUCUCACCGGGUAGAAUCCCCCGCCUCCUGCAGAUACUUCAGCACGAGUGGGUUUUAAAAAAAAAAAAUAUUAUUUUUUUUUUAAACAGUCCUUCAGAAAUGUCCCGGUUUACCUGGGAUUGAAGAUCGGUAUCUAAACGGCGGCUGGAGCCGGAACGCCCCCGGGCAGCCACCUGAGCGAGCCCAGGCCCUUCACAGUAGAUUCCUGCUGUCCUCGCUCCCUGUGGCCUGGGGAGGGUGCAGGUGCGUUAAGGAGUAAGCAGGGGGAUGUGUGGGGCCCGCUGACAGAAGGAGGGACUUAGGGAGUCGGAAAAGUGUCGGAUGGAGGCUCCGCCACCGGAGCUCCCCCCACACACACUACCUACUCCCGCCGGGAUUUCUGCUGCCAUAGGCAGAUUUCCUUUCCUGACUCAAGUGGAAAUGGCUGUGACCCCAGAGAUGCUCACCUCUGAUAUUCUCGAAGUCCACAAGGAAGGAAGAUGUUGAGAGAACGUGUGGCGAUGGUGUGGCGGCCAGAGGGGCCCCGCCCAGCGCCCGCUAAGGCACACCUGGUGUGGCCCACACCUGUAGGACCCGGAGGGUGUGUCUCAGACCCCACGACCCCGUCAGCCUGCGUCAGGACAGAUCAAUUGUCAGCGCUCCCUUAGGGGCCUCCGAUAAACCAAGUAAAUCUAGGAGUUUGAGGCUUUGGACCACACUAAUCAACCAAGGUAAAGUGUGAAUUUUCUAAUGAUGAUUCAUCCCUAAACAAAACCUUCAUGUUCUUUAGUGCCACAUAUUCAUAUGGAAGUGCCCUUUGAGAAGUGACACAGACAAGGCCGGUGAUGGGUCAUGCUACAGAGCAACACAAGAUUCUCCUUUGAGAGUUGCAUAGAGGGCACGUCCUUACUGUGUUGUCUCCUGCUUCUCCUGUUCUGCAUGUUGCCCAGAGAAGAGUGUCGGUGAGAAAUGGUGAUGCCCAUGAAAUGGUUGUAUCUCUCUCAUGUGCCAAACUGCAUCUCCAGACCCCCCUUGAUGAUAGAGACAAAGGAAUCAUUUCUUUAAUGAGUAGAUAACCGUUAAAAAAAAAUCCUAUAUUCUCUCAGGAUUUUUAAUAAACAUAGAUCAUCAUGUAAUCAUAAUUCAGAAAUAUAAAAAGACUCGCUAAGUAAUAAUACAUUGCUUCUAAAUUCAUAAGACAAAAUAAACAUUCUGCUUUGCUGUAGUGAUAUAUGUAUAGAUGAGGCUACUUAUUGACUUUGAAAUCCUCAUACAGAAGAGCGGUGAAAUAGAAAAGUAUUCCGUUUAAUCCUAUUUUUUCAUCCUCUUUCAACCAUAUUAAAGAUUCCCUGUUGUGCCUUCCAUCGAAUGUCUUUUGAUGGUUUUCCAAACAUCUCUGUCCCUGGUCUAGCUUAUUAAAUUUCCUGCCAGUGCCACCACUGGAAAGGAAAGGAUAAAGAACUUCUGUUCCCUAACUUAGUCUUGGGGAAUUUAUUUUAAGCAUUUCACACCCACCACUCGUAGUAUUAAAGAGAAAAUCCUCAGGACUGUUCUUUGGAUGAGACCUAAAUAAUUGGGUGACUAUAUGUCAUUAAAUGGGAAAUAGGAUUAGGGAAUUAAAAGUAACAAUGUUUUCCCCUCUCUAGAGUGGAAAGAAGGAGGAAUGUCAUUUAGAGAAAAGACCACAGAAAAAAUUAAUGUUAAAUGCUGGUACCAUUUUUAGUUGAACUUUUAAAAAAGCAUUCCAGUAAGGAUGUGCAUCUUUAAAAAUAUAUAUAUCUAACCAGUGCCAGAAUGUCCAUAAUGAAUAGCAGUACUCUGUUGCCCUACCUCUCUUCACUCCGUCUGUGCACGCCAGAGGCAACCAUUUUUCUUCUGACAGUUAUAUACACCUAUUUCUAAAUGCUUAUAUUGCCAUUUUUUUGGUUCCUGGAUUUUAGGCAGUAUGUGUUUGACUUCUUUUAUAAGAGUUAUAGACUUCGCUUAUUUAAAACCUUGGCUUUGUUUUCUCCUUUGUAUUAGCUUCCUAAACUUUGCAGAGCUAUUAUUUCCUAACCUCUGCCUCAUCCACAGCACAGAGAGAAAAUGAUAAUAUUUGUAUGACAUCCUGAGAUAACCUAGAGGGAAUUUGUGGGCAUCAUAUUGGACUUGGUGAUAGGUUAAUUGCUUUUUAAAUAAUAAAAGCAUGAAAAUAAAAGUAAGUGCAAAGUAAUAGGGGAAUUAUUAGCUACUGAACUUGUAUAAAACUCUGAGAUAAAAUGUUUUCAAAUUUUUGAAUGAGAAAUUUGAACUCACCUGUGAACUCAAAAGUGAACAUAACCUUUGAGUCAGGUUUUAUGUUUGAAAAAGCUACACAUAGUUUUUGAUCAAGGCUUUCAAAUUAUAUUCUCUUCAAAUCUCUUGAUAGUCACUAUGGUAGACUGAAUAGUGGUCCUCAAAGAUAACUAGUUCUUAACCCCUUGUACCUGUGACUAUGGUAACAGGUACUUUCAGGAUUUUCAGAUGGAGAGAUUAUCCUUCGAUUACUUGGUUAGGCCCUAAAUGUAUUCACUAGUGUCUUGAUAAAAUGAGGCAGAAAGGGGCCCCUGGCUGACUCAGUUAGUAGAGCUUGUGACUCUUGAUCUUGGGGUCAUGAGGUAAAGCCCCACGCUGGAAGUAGAGGUUAUAUAAAAAAUAAUAAAGCAUAGGUAGAAGGAGAUUUGAAAACAGACAAGAAAAAAGUGAUGUGAUAAUGGAGGCAGGGGUAGAAAAGGCAACAUGAUUCAAGGCCAUGAGCAAAGCAAUGGAAACAGCCUAUAGAAGAUGAAAAAGACGAGGAAAUGAUUUUCCUCUAGAGUCUGUAAGAUGUAAUGUGCCCCUGCUGACACCUUGAUUCCAGAGAAACAACCCAUUUCAGACUUCAGGCUUCCAGAACUGUAAGAGAAUAAACAUAUAUUGUUAUAAACCACUUGGUUUGUGGUCAUUUGUUUUAGCAACCAGAGGAAACUAACACAGUCACUAUUCAUGAGAAAUGUUGAUGCUUAAAUAGAGUUAAGCAAAAUUUUUUAACCAUUUCUUUAGAAACCAUAAAAAAAUGUAUAGUGGUUGAAAUUAUAUUCAAGGAGUCUAACACUUCUUUUUACUGAUAAACACAAUAAUGAAAUUUAAUGUAAUAAGGCAAAUUUAAUGUGAUAAGGCAAGUGGUUCAGCUCAGUGGUUUUUGGUUCAGCUGCACUUUUUCCUAACAAAUUAUUUUCAAAUAAUGAUGAAGCUUUGAUUUGUAACACAUACACAUUGUUGGAUCAGUAAGACCAAAACUAGUUUGGAUGCCACUGAAAGAGCAUAUCAGCUGCAAACAAUCAGCAGUAUCUGAUGUCUGUGAAGUCAGAGUUUCAGAGCCACCAAAGUUGCACCAUCCAGGCAGGAGCUACAUGCUUGCUGUGCUGUGCUAAACACAGCCAAGGAGGUACUCUGCCAUCUGGACAUCUGCUUCAGCAGCCAACUGCUGAGCAUACUGCUAUUCACCUUGGAUGAGUGGCCUGUGGAACUACUGAAUGUUUUUCAUCAUCCACUCCACCUGUAGAGACUCUGCUCUUCUUGGACCACCCUCUGAUAAAGGCUGCUAGCAGCUGGAAGUAACCAGCCCUGGGGGGUCCCAACUGCCUGCGCCAGGCCUUAAAGGCUCAACAUCAUGCUUCACAGCUAUAAGCCAUUCAAAGCAUUGAAUUAGAAAAUUCUGGUUUAUAUUACCCCUCCCAUCACUGCUGUGCAGCACACCAAGAAAAUGAGAAUUUGGAGCACAGAACAGUGCUGGGAGAGACAGGCCGUUCUCAAUUAUCAGUGACUUUCAACCAGUGUUUAACAAAGAAAACAUUAGAGGUUUGCAAACAUACUGAAGUCUUGGCUUUGCACGGAUCUAUAUGGUAACAAAAACUGAGAUUAUUGGAAUAAUAGAAAUAAACUUAUUGAACACUGCCGUCUGGAUUUGGAGCAUCACAGAUUCAGAGACUUUAAACUAUUUGAUACAUAACACAGAUAAGCAGGAGAUGGAGACCAGAUAAAGCCACAGAUGGAGUACCAGGAUAAUUAAAGAAAAAUAAGGAUCCAAAUAUACCAAAACUUUGUUUAAGCCAUGUUAGCUUGAGGGUUUUACCAGUUUCCUAGUGAGAAGGAAUAAAACAAUGCUAAAAUCACACUGGUAAUUACUGAAAUCUUUAUGUACACAUAUGUGUGUGUGUGUGUGUGUGUGUGUGUGUGUUGGUAUUUAUUACAUAUGUCCAUACAUUUAUCAAUCACUUACAUCCUUUCUUAUUCCAAAAAGAAUUUGAGGCCGAGAUGUAUAUAUUCCUGAUUAAGUUCACUGCUUAGUGCACUGGAUAUGGUAUAGUUCAUUAUGGAGUGGUAACUCGGUUUAGUCAUUCUCGUCUAAUCUUCUGUUGUCUUUAGUCAUUUGAAAGAACCCCUUCAGGUAUUAUUUUUAAAAUGGCUUUUUCUCAACCUAGUGCAACCAAAUGAUAACAGUUUAGGAUCCAAAGAGAUUUAGGAAGUAAACAGAAUUGCCUGUUGUUUAGGUAGGUGCACUAGAUUAGGUGUGUUACACACUACAUAAUCAAUCCCUAAAGCUGUAAACACUGAGGUCCUUUGUGAAGAAUCCAUACAAAAUAAAAGGUGUUUGUUUUAAUUUAUUGGUAUUUUUUUCCGUUUCAGGUACUCAUAUUGGUUUCUUAAGGAGGCAAAAGAGUAUACUGGAAAAAAAAAAAAAAAAGACUGGAAAAUAGCCUGUUUUUUUUUUUUUUUUUUUAGUUCUGCCACUUAGAACCCAAAAAACUUGGAUAAAUUACUUGAUUAGCUCUGUAAGACUUGGUUUCCUCACCGAAAUGAGAAUAACACCUAAUAACCUGUCUUGCCUCUUACAGAGUUAUCAUAAAUAUCAUCUCACUGACUGUUGGCACAGAG